AUGACUAACAAGGUCUUGACCAGGUGGGAGACAGGUCUCGUUGCUGCGGACAAUCAAAAAUAUGGUUCGGUAGUGCAAUUGACUGCGGCAACCUUGCGCACACAAGUCGGCGCGGUGCUCAGCAUGCAUGCACCUGCUGCUGGCAACACUCAGGAGCCCACAUACCCUUUGGCACAAGACUUCGAGGCUAUCAGUAACACUGGUGAUCUGGAGGCUGUUAUCGAGAGUCAGGGGGGCAAUGUUGUGGGGCUUGAGUUCAACGUUCUACAGAACAGUAUCGCCCAUCCCGUGGAGUUCCCGCUGCACACAAUGGAUGGUGACAUUCAAUUGGCUCAACUCGGGGACAUUGCAGCAACCAUUGCAUAG